GAAUGAAUGUAGCUCCACAACGCAAGCAAAUUAAAAACUAAACGUCUGCUUCCGGUCUGUUGUCGUGGCUCUUUUAAAGCCCCGUCUACGUACUUUAUGAUGUAGGGAUUGUCUGCGGAGGGUGACAUCCGCCCUGUAGCGUGUGGAGGCACGAGGCUCGCGCGCGCGCACAUACAAUGCCAUCCCUUAACGCCGUAUCAGGGACAACAGGCGCUCGUGUGCCGUCAGUGGCGACGCGCAGCUCGUCAUUAGUGACGCCGACGUUGCGGUGACGUCACACCACUCUCAGGUCGGUUGCACCUGGCGGUCGCUCCUGUUGGGGCCCUUCGCCCCUAGUGGACACCUUUAAUAGAACGACUGGCCCGGAAAACAUCCACGCGCGAUGUCGGCUUUGCCUGCUGUGGAUGUGGCCCUCUUUCGUGCGGUCACCUGAUUUAAAGACAACAAAAAUUAAAAAAAAAGAAAACUAGGAGUCGUGAGGGAAACUGUCACGCAAGACCCAAGAUGGGCCUCUGAGCCUGAGGUGCAGCCGCGCGCACCCCGCGUGAUCCCACAACCCUCGGCUCGCGGCAGGUAAACCCGUGGGCUGCACCGCACGUAAAGUUCGCUAAGAGCGCCUCGCGCCACUUCCUGUUUGCCUGCAACCGCCACCCACCGGAGAGCGCGGCGCGAGAACGAUGCGGAGACGGCGGCACGCGGAGGGCUGAGUGUGCGCGGACCGAAGGUGCGUGUUUCAUUCUCGUCUGUAAUCCCCGCCACGCCACGGCUCGUGCGGCGCACCGCUAUGAACCGGUACAGACCGGUUCCUCUUACCGGACGCUCGAGCUGCGCGCUGUGGGAAGACCGGCGGAGCCUGCCUACUAGCGCGCGCGAGGCUGCUUAAGCCUUACUUAGAGCCACGGUGACGGUUGUAAUACAUUUUAUUUAUAAAAAAAAAUAUCGUGUGCUGCGCAGUUUGUGCAGGAAAACAAGAGCGAGUUGUGAAGAACGUAGAGGGACGGGCGGAAAACGCCGGUUUUCGCUUCGGAACGAACGUUGGACUCCUUGACGUUCGCGCGAGACACGGACGGACGGACGGAGGAGCAGGAGGCUGAGGCUGGAGACGUUGAUGGAAAAGCCUGCGUGCCGCGAAGAAGAGGGAACGUGAACGUACACCGUUUUGGAGCUCGUUGUUGUCAUGGCACGGCGGGAAAACCCGCGUUACGGUGUAAUUCACGCAGGGGGACGGUCGUGUCAGGUCGCGUGCUCGCGCCUUCCCAUUGAACUCACGUCCUCUGUGUGACUGGUGCGGAACGGGCGCGCGCGCGCGCCAGCCCGGCACGCGGUCCUGACCCUUUGCGUUCGGCCGGGUCGCCGUGGUUUGCUUCACUUCUGGUCUCGGCGAUACCGAUGAUACUGUCACUGUGUGGACCGCGGUCACGCUGUGGGCCACAUCUGAGCUGCUCUCUGAACCUUGGUUCUUCUCCUGGACCACCUUGGUCGCACCUGUUGUGAAGGAGCAGCUUGUCGGCGCUGUGACCGUGAGGUCCGACCGCCCUGCCUGUGCCACAUCCUCCUCAGGUGGUGCAGUAAGUACGGUCUCGCUUCUCAUGACCUCGCUGUGUUCAUGCCCCUAACGAUCCGCUCGGUGUAUUGAAUGAUGCUGUAACUAGUAAACGGAGCAAAAGGUGUUUUUGGACCGCAGUACAAUACUGCGGUUUAAAGUCAAUGUGCAGUGGCUCUCUUUUCCUCUGUUUGAUCAGGUCGCACCCGGAUAUUAGCGGUAUCACACGAUGAUGACGGCCUUUUCUUUUCUUCUCCCUUCCACGUUAAGACUCGGUUGACCUCGCGACACACUUUGAGGCCUAAUCGCCAGUUCUUAAAAUUGAUGGUAACCUGAGCGGAGCGAACGCUCGAAGAUGCCAGAAAACGAACUGCCGUCGACUUUAAAAUUCUCCUAAACUAAAAAUAAAUGAGAGCGCAUGAGCUGCAAGUUGAGUUCCACUUUUCCAGUGUCUCUGAUAUGAUUUAUGUGUCAUGUAGACUUUGAGUCAACGCCACAGUUCAAAGUUUUCCACUUUAAACCGUUAACCCCAGAUGACACGAAAUCCAAGGUCCUGCCACCUGCUUCUCUUUAAUGUUUUGAAAGCCCUUGUAAUGCACGGUGGAAUGUUCUGGACAUUCUUCUUCACUUCAGCGGUCCCUCUUCAGGAAUGUUUACCCUCACAGAAGUAGCCUCUCUGAAUGACAUCCAGCCAACGUAUCGAAUAUUGAAGCCAUGGUGGGACGUCUUCAUGGAGUACAUCGGGGUGGUCAUGCUGAUGUUGGCAAUAUUUGCCGGAACAAUGCAGUUGACCAAAGACCAGGUGGUUUGCCUUCCCAUUUUGGAUGGCAAAAAUAUAAAUUCCUGCAUUGCGCACACGCCUUUGGAGAUGGACUCAGAAGCCACAAGCAGCACAAUGCCACCAAUCAUUAAGGAUCUGCCAGACAUCAGCCAGGGUCUUGCAACUCAACCUCCUGCUCACGCUGAGGGAACGAUACCUGGGCAGCCUGAGCCGACUGGAGUCCGAACAAAUUUGGAUUUUCAGCAGUACGUCUUUGUGAACCAGAUGUGCUAUCAUGUGGCCCUACCCUGGUAUUCCAAGUACUUUCCCUAUCUCGCCCUCAUUCACACUAUUGUGCUGAUGGUUAGCAGCAACUUCUGGUUCAAAUACCCAAAGACGAGUUCAAAAAUUGAGCACUUUGUAUCUAUUCUGGGGAGGUGUUUCGAAUCGCCGUGGACCACGAAGGCACUGUCUGAGACAGCCUGUGAGGACUCUGAGGAGAACAAGCAGAGGCGCACUGGAGCUUCUGCUUUACCCAAGCAUGUCUCGACAUGCAGCGAGGAAGAGAACCCCAGCCCGACCGCUCCUAUGCUGCCAAACAUAGGGGUGAAGUUCUCAGCCGAAAGGCCAGUGAUUGAAGUCCCAAGCAUUACCAUCCUGGACAAAAAAGAUGGGGAGCAAGCCAAAGCCCUUUUCGAGAAGGUGAGAAAAUUCCGCACUCAUGUAGAGGACAGCGACUUCAUCUACAGGCUUUACGUCAUUCAGACGAUCAUAAAAACUGUCAAGUUCAUCUUGAUCUUGUGCUACACCUCCACGUUUGUUGCUGCUAUUAAAUUUUGCCACAUAUGUGAGCCCAAUGUCAAGCAUUUAACGGGGUAUGUGAAAUUCCAGUGUACUCACAACAUGGCAUUCAUGUUGGCCAAGUUGCUUAUCAGCUACAUGGUCCUCCUUUGCAUCUAUGGCCUUGUGUGUUUGUACACCCUCUACUGGCUGUUCAGGAGGCCUCUGAAGGAGUAUUCUUUCGAGAAGGUCAGAGAAGAGAGCAGUUUCAGUGACAUUCCUGAUGUCAAGAAUGAUUUUGCUUUCCUCUUGCACAUGGUUGACCAAUAUGACCAAUUGUACUCAAAACGGUUUGGGGUUUUCCUGUCUGAGGUCAGCGAGAACAAGCUGAGGGAGAUCAGUCUAAACCAUGAAUGGACCCUCGAGAAGCUCCGUCAACAUGUCUCCCGCAAUGCUCAAGACAAGCUGGAGCUCCAUCUCUUCAUGCUGUCUGGACUGCCUGAUGCGGUUUUUGACCUCACUGACCUGGAGGUCUUAAAACUGGAACUCAUCCCAGAAGUCAGAAUAAAGGCAAAAAUUUCCCAAAUGACCAACCUCCGAGAGCUGCACUUCUGCCACUGUCCCGCUAAGGUGGAGCAGACAGCAUUCAGUUUCCUCCGAGACCACCUGCGGUGCCUUCAUGUCAAGUUUACAGACGUUGCCGAGAUUCCCACUUGGGUUUAUCUGUUGAAGAAUCUGAAGGAACUGUAUUUAGUUGGCAACCUCAACUCCGAGAAUAACAAAAUGAUCACUCUAGAGUCUCUUCGAGACUUGAGGAACCUAAAAAUCUUAUAUCUAAAGAGCAACCUUACCAAGAUCCCAACAAACAUAACAGAUUUGUCACCGCAUCUCACCAAACUGGUGGUGCAUAAUGAUGGUACUAAGCUGCUGGUACUCAACAGUUUGAAGAAGAUGCUGAAUCUAACAGAGCUAGAACUGCACAACUGUGAGCUGGAGAGAAUCCCUCAUGCCAUCUUCAGCCUGACUAGCCUGCAGGAGCUGGACCUGAAAUCCAACUGCAUCCGCACCAUCGAAGAGGUCAUCAGUUUCCAGUACCUUAAGAGGCUCAUGUGCCUCAAACUGUGGCAUAACAAGAUCACAGCCAUUCCACCAUCCAUAAAUAUGGUCAAGAGCCUGGAGAUGCUCUACCUUUCACACAACAAACUCGAGACUGUGCCCCCGCAGCUCUUCCAGCUCCCGAAGCUACGGCACCUGGACUUGAGUCAUAACUCCAUCGUAGUGAUCCCGACUGAUAUCGGGUUUCUGCAGAACCUCCAGUAUUUCUCCAUCUCUGGCAAUAAGGUGGAGGUUCUUCCCAAGCAGCUGUUCAAAUGCAUCAAGCUGAGGAUGCUGUUUCUCGGGCACAACUCCAUAUCGUCAGUCCCUGAGAAAAUAAGCCAGUUGUCGCUGCUCACGCAGCUGGAGCUCAAGGGGAACUGUCUGGAUCGGCUCCCCCCGACGCUGGGCCAAUGUCGUCUCCUCCACAGAAACGGUCUCAGUGUUGAGGAACAUCUGUUUGACACGCUGCCUCUGGAAGUCAAAGAACUUAUCAGUCAAGAGUCCAAUGUUUCAUUUACAGGCUAAGUGGCCGUGCGGCUCAUUGAGCAAAUGGGUCCUCAAGUUCUGCCAUAAGAUAUGUAUGUCAGAAAUUGGUGUGGAAAAAUGUACAUUUAUGUUGUGCUGGCCAGUCGAGAAAGGGAUGAAAAAGCAAACCCUGCGCUUGUUUAAUCCGAGUGGUUUAAUAAGCAGAGUUUUUUUUUUUUUUUUUUUUUUU